UUAGCACCAACACAUUUCCCCACAUACCACCUUGCUAGCUAUAGCUUUUGCAUUCUCAUUCUCAUUCUCAUUCUCAUAUUCUCACCACCUACUAUUACCAAUAACCAACAUGGUUUCUGAGACAAGCCAAUGUCGAUCCAAGAACGUGUGCGUGAUUGGAGCUGGACCAUCGGGGCUAGUGGCAGCGAGGGAAUUAAGGAAAGAGGGUCAUGAGGUGGUCGUGUUGGAGCAGAAUCAUGAUGUUGGAGGCCAGUGGCUAUAUGAGGCCAACGUGGAAGGUGAGGACCCUUUGGGGAGAAACCACUUUCUAAAGGUGCAUAGUAGCAUGUACGAGUCCUUGAGGCUCACAUCUCCACGUGAGAUCAUGGGGUUCUCUGAUUUUCCCUUUUUGGUCAAGAAGGGUAGAGACAUGAGGAGGUUCCCUAGCCACACUGAGCUGCUUCUCUACUUGAAGGACUUUUGUGACUGCUUUGGCUUGAGGGAGAUGAUCAGGUUCAACACGAGGGUGGACCAUGUGGGGAUGUUGGAUUAUGGUGUUUGUGCUAAUGAUUUGAAGUGGGUUGUUAGAAGCAUGGAUAAGAAGAGUGAGAAGGUGGUGGAAGAGGUGUUUGAUGCAGUGGUUGUGGCCACUGGUCAUUACUCUCAACCAAGAUUGCCAUCAUCCAUUAAAGGAAUGGAUACAUGGAAAAGGAAACAAAUGCAUAGUCACAUUUACAGGACUCCAGAACCAUUCCGCAACGAGAUUGUGGUGGUGGUUGGAAAUUCCUUAAGUGGGCAAGACAUAUCAAUAGAGCUUGUGGAGGUGGCAAAGGAGGUCCACAUGAGUUCCAGAUCUCUUAAAAUCUCUGAGGGUUUAUCUAAAGUCAUAUCAAAACAUGAGAACUUUCAUCUUCAUCCACAGAUAGACACCCUUCAAGAGGAUGGGAGGGUCACAUUCGUGGAUGGUUCUUCCAUUCUUGCAGACUCUAUUUUGUACUGCACAGGGUACUCCUAUGCAUUCCCCUUUCUUGACACCAAAGGAAUGGUGGUUAUAGAUGAUGACAGAGUGGGGCCUUUGUAUGAGCACACUUUUCCGCCAUCCCUUGCUCCAUCCCUCUCUUUUAUAGGCAUCCCUAGAAAGAUCAUAGGAUUCCCUUUCUUUGAGUCCCAAGCAAUAUGGAUAGCUCAACUGCUUUCAGGGAAAAAAGUAUUGCCAUCAUGGGAGGAAAUGAUGAAAUCCAUCAAGGAGUUCUACCAUUCAAGAGAUGCAGCAGGCAUUCCCAAACACUGUACUCAUGAAAUUGCAGACUUUGAGUACUGUGACAAAUAUGGGGAGAAUGUAGGGUUCCCACAUAUAGAAGAAUGGAGGAAACAGCUAUGCUUAUCAGCCAUAAUUAACAGUGAUGUCAACUUGGAGACAUAUCGAGAUUCGUGGGACGAUCAUGACCUUCUCCAAGAGGCCCUUCAAAGCCCUCACUUCACUCAACUUCCACCUCAAGAUUCUGCCCUGUAAACCCAACAAUUAUAUAUAAAUACCAAAUUUUGCUUAGCACUUAAAUCAUUGUUUAUGUGUUUUCUGUUUCUAAAAUAUUCGAAUGAGAUGAAUCAUGGGUUUGAUAUACACAAGAACAAGAAUGUUUGUAAAAGCUGAAAUUUUGUUUGUAUCUAUAUAUGUCGCAAUUUCUUUA